UCUGUCAGAUGUUUAGCAUGUUGGCAUCUGUGUUGGAAUCCAGACGCUGUUGCGCAACUGAUUUUCUCGGUUUUCCCAUUUAAAAACAAAACUGAAAAUGCCGAGUUUUCAGUUACGCAACCGGACGGCCGCGUAAUUAGGUCCGAAUUGGACAUGAGGGAGGUGGUGAACGACGAGCGGAAAGUGCGCAGCCCCCCGGAAAAUCGCAGUUUCGUGAUCAGCUGGAAGCCAUCUUGUUAUGUUUAUAUAUGUAUAUGCAAUGAAACGUAAACAUGGGAUGCUCUGAUUUAAAUUGUCUUCCGUGGACCGGAGUCUCCCCGAGGUAUGAUGCUGUUACUGGGGACAACAGUAUGCUAGAUUGAAAAUGGCAAACAGUGAGGGACAAACUGAGUUACUAACUGGUUGGUCGUGUGUGGUGCAUCAACCUAGUGAAGAUCCAGAACCCUCCGAGUUGCCAAGCACUGUUGAUAUCACAGCGUUCAGUGCCGGCCUCAACGUGGAACCGUCAGCGAACGCCCAGAACAACGAGGGCUCCGAAACGGACAGCGACUCUGACUCUGAUUCAAAUAAUUCUGGGAGCGAUGGCUCAGGAUCAUGCAGUCAAUCGGAUUCCUCUGAUUCGGACAGCUCAAGUUCAUCCCAAGGCUCAUCCUCAGGUUCAUCAUCUCCUGAGUUCUCGGUGACGUCCCAGCCAAACGGUUUGCGUAUGACAAUAGCGACGGUGCGGAAAUCCUGUGCCAGCCCAGUACUGGAUAAGGGCAAAAGUGAUGUCAAACAGGCGGACAAAAAGUGCGCUCCCAAGUUGAGCUCCAGUUCAUCGAGUGCAUGCUCGGAAUCUGAUUCCGAGGACUCUGAAGACAGUGACAAUGCUAAAAGUGAUGAGGCUCUCAAAGCCAGCAGCAAAAAGGAGGUGGUGGUCACGAAAAAGGUGUGCAAGGUGAAGCCUAAAGUUGAGAGGAAGGUGGAGAGGCGUGUAGUGACCAGAAGGGAGGCAGCUGGGUCCAAAAGCAGCAAUGGCAAGGCCAAGGGAAAAACGAAAAGGAAGAAG